AUGAAAAUCUCUACAUGUCUUGUGCCGUUGAUGGGAGUUUACGGGGCAGAUGCGAAAGGUAGCUUCCUCCAGUCUCCAUCUAUCGUUGCCACCAACAUCAAUCCCGCAGAAGCGAUCCAUACCACAACCGUUGAGUAUGAUGGGAAGGACGGUAUCUUGUUGCCCCAAGACAACCGCAAUGGAUGGGUCAAUCCUGAAGAUUUGGCUCCUAUGCCACAGUGCAUCGCCCAGCAAGAUCAGUCCACCUGGCUGCGUGCCAUGACGAAAUGCACCAGCAAACGAUGCACCUCCCACUUUGCUUUUAUCUGCACCCACCACCAAUGGCUGACUCAACUCAGCUGCCUCAGCAUUGCAUUCUCCCCCGACAUUAUCGAAAGUUAUCUCCCAUACUGUGGUCGAUCGGUUCUCGCCAAAGCGCAGUUGUAUCAAUGGGUUCAUAUUAUCACAGGUCGAACGUGGCUUAUCGAUGUCGGCGACGCGAGCGGUCUGAAAAGUCUCUCCCCACACUCCCUAGCUGAAGGGUAUGCAGCCGUUAACGUGAUUCACAAUGCACCAACAUGUCUGAGCGACUCGGUCUCCGCUUCAUCGAUGGAACCAUUCCGACAUGUAAUGGCCUCCUGCGGUUUCACAAGCACUACCCAACACACCGGAAACGCUGCUCGUCCCUGGGAGUAUAGUGAAAGGCUACGUUCUAUGAUCGCUCUAGAUUUUGAAACUGUUGGUUACGAUCUCGUUCAGCGUCGCAUCUACGAUCUGGUCCUGCAUCGCAUCGGCGAUGGCGACUAUUUUGACAAAGAUUGCUUCUGCAACACCUUCAAUAUAGAUCUCAACAAUGAACCUUGUUCAGGGUCAGGACAACUAGACUUCACAAAGGAGCGUCUCUGGAUUUAUGCCACGUGUGGGUCGACAUCCUUACCCGAGAACUGGGCGGACACACUCAAAACCACCCAAUUCGCGUACAUUCCCAUCGAAGAUUGGCACUGGCCCAAAUGCGUCACGGAUAUGCCGGAGCAAGUGAUUGGGCUCACUGAUCAGUGUGCAACCGAUGCUUGUGAGGUCGGUGGCUACUGCAAAAUCAAGCGCGCAGUUGACAGGGCUUGUUUUUGUCGCAACAUCAAUUAUGAUUCCUGCGGAGGGUCGUGCCAGAUAUUUGAGACACGAAUUGACUAUAUCAAGUGGCUCCAUGAUCUUUGUGGCAAUGUGCAGGACUGGCACGGUCUGCCAGAUAAUUGGCGUCAAUUAGCCGUCCCGACUACCCUCGACAUGAUUCCGUGGGGUUGGAAAUUGAAGCCAUUUAACGAUUCAGACAUUACCUAUACCGCCUCUUUGGGAGACGCAAGGGCAACCGAAAAAUGUGCCUCGAAUGAGUCUAAACUCACAAGCUUUGCUCUAGUCAAUAUAGCUACUUUUCUUGGAGUAGCUCUCAGCCAGAGAAUAAGGAUAAUACGUCGAGUCGCACGCCGCCUUCCGUGGAACCCGCAGCCGUGGCCAUGGGUUGUCAAGGGAACAUUAAUCGCCGCCCUACAACUCUUUGCAAACCUGUUCAAUAUUCUUCUUAUUCAACAAACCCCUGGCUAUGAGAACGUUCCCGUGAUCCAAUUAAUGCUUCUCUGGAGCUCAAUGCCUCGGCCUACUUGGCUGACGAUUUCUUUGAUUGGUGUACCAACCUUUGGAGAUUUGAAGUUCUUCGCGGCCGGGUCUUCGCUAUAUGCUGAAGUGAUCCUCCAGUUUCUAUCAGCAUAUUACCUGCUUAUGACCGUUCAUUAUGGUCGAAAACACCAUUUCUACUUUGGAGGCAUGGACGGAGCGGAGAGGGGGGGACCUGCAAAAAUGAUGUAUGCCGGAGCACUCGCGUGGCUUAUCAUAGUUAGCGUGGUGAUUGCUCAGGUAAUACGGGCUAUUAGGAUGAGCAGGUUGACUAGACCUGUUUUGGACACACCAAACUGGCAGGGAGGCAAGCAGACAACAUCGAAGAUUGAGGAACUGAUGGACCACCUGGAUGAAUGUUGCACAGGGUUAGUGGAGAGUAGGGGCUCAGAAGAAACACCGUUGAUGGGGAGCGAGGGUAGGGACCCAGAAGAAACACCGUUGAUAAAGAGCAAAGGAAGAGAUCACACGGACUAUGGCACUUACUCUGUGAAAGGCCACGAUGGCCGGGUUUCCAAGAAAUCAUUUGUGGGAUUGUAUGCGGCUACGAUCAUCAGCAUGCUCCUUCUCUGGAUUGCGCAAUGGCUGUUUUGGGGUGGAUUUAUUGGUCUUAGUGCGGAAGAGUUCUGUUUGCCUCAACUUAGGGUCCUCACGGCUAUCUGGACUGCAUUCUCAUUAGUAGGCGCUAUUCUUAUUAUUUAG